UUGGGGGGUUUGAAUGUGCCGGUUGGGGAGCGGACGGUCAAGGUGCGGUGGGUGAGGGCUGGGAGCGGACUUCAAAUGGACACGGAGCAGCUAGUUCAAAGGUUUGCGCGGUUUGAGAAGACGGCAAAGAUGGAGCAUGCGUUCGUCGCCGGCGACAAGAAGCAGCGGAUCGGCGAGGAGAAACAGAAGAAAUUGAUGGGCCAAGGGUUCAUUGUGUUUCAGUCCGUUCUCGACGCCGACCUGGCCGUCAAUGAAGGCCAGGACGAUCUGUUUAUCUCCGUGACAUGGCUCUCUGGGCCGCCAGACGCCGACGCCCCCGAACCGAGUCCUCCCUCCGCAACAUCUACAACGACACCGUCGACAACCACGCCACCCUCAUAUCUCAGCAACGAGGAAAAGCUACGCCUCCGAAUGCGGCGCUCACAACGCGCUCGAGGAGCAGCCAUGCCAACCGAGCCGACCGAGCCGAAGAAGACUUUUAUAUUCAACAAGCCCUCAUCCGAUACCCUCCCCUCCAAAGAAGCUCACCCCACACCCCACGGCCGCGCAACGAACGGCGACAGCAACCCCCCAAGCACCGCGAAACCCGUCCCGAAGUUCUCGUUCGGAGGGAAGAAGCCGGCCGAGGCGCGGAAAAAUGGCAGCGCGCCCGUCCCGAAGUUUUCGUUCGGGGUGACGGAAACAGAUGAGGAACGGACACGACGGUUACGGAGGGAGGAACGGCGACGGGAGGAGGAACGGAUACGUCGAGAAGAUGAGGUGGAGGACACCCGGACGGAGGAAGGGGUGGGGAGUUGACGAGGUACGAAAUAAGAAAUAACGAAUACGACGAUCAUGUGUCAAAUUUCAUUUUGAUGUGAUGGUGUAUCUGGCGUUGCUACAUGUGAGGCUCUAGGUAUCGCUCAUGAAUUGUACACCCAAGCCAUCAAUCCGGCAUCCUAUGCG